AUGUCUCCAGUUCUCCACUCAACCGGGACCUCUGCCCAGAAGGUUCAACGAGAAUCUGGCACUGCCCGUGUCCUAGGGUCUGGAACUGCUGGAAUUGCUGAAUUGGCUAUCUUCCAUCCCGUCGAUACCAUUGCCAAACGUCUGAUGUCCAACCAGGGCAAAGUUUCGUCGGCAUCUCAACUCAAUACCAUUAUAUUUAGGGAUUUCGCCAGUGCUCCCUUUGGACGAAAGCUAGUCUCGCUUUUCCCAGGUCUAGGAUACGCCGCUGGGUACAAGGUCUCCCAAAGAAUAUACAAAUAUGGUGGCCAACCCUACAUGAAAGAUUAUCUCUCAAAGCACCACGGCGACAAAUUCGACAGGACGUUUGGCAAGGGUACCGGAAAGGCUAUCAUGUAUGCGACGGCUGGAAGUUUAAUUGGAAUUGGUGAAAUUGUACUUCUGCCGCUCGAUGUCUUGAAGAUUAAGCGACAGACAAACCCUGAGGCCUUCCGCGGACGAGGAUUGUUCCGAAUCAUCAAAGAUGAGGGCUUCGGUCUCUACCGGGGUUGGGGUUGGACUGCUGCCAGAAAUGCACCUGGUAGCUUUGCGCUGUUUGGUGGUAGCGCGUUUGCAAAAGAAUUCCUCUUCGACUUGAAAGACUACAAUAAAGCGACAUGGGGACAGAAUUUCGUCGCCUCGAUAUCCGGCGCUGCGGCUUCCCUCAUCGUUUCUGCUCCCCUUGAUGUUAUCAAAACCAGAAUUCAGAAUAGGAAUUUUGAGAACCCGGAAAGUGGUUUCAGAAUCGUAGCUAGCAUGAUCAAGAACGAAGGUCCCACGGCGUUCUUCAAAGGCCUGACCCCAAAGCUCCUGAUGACUGGUCCUAAGCUAGUCUUUUCAUUUUGGCUCGCUCAAACUUUGAUACCCGCGUUCGGUACCGUUGUUUAG